UCGGAGAGAUGGAUACCGUUUUCGAGAAGAUGGGCAAGAUCAAUUUGAGGAUCCCGAGCUGUCCUGUCAAGGUUCACAGUCCACAGCCUCUGAAGGAUUUUGUGGGCCGCUGUCAGACCAUGCCAUCGAGAGUAAAGAAGUCCUUUUGCGGAUGCCUGCAGGAUGACGAGCCCCCGGAAAUCACCUACUGCGUGGUGGAGCAGACGGGCACGCUCACGCUUCAAGCGAUGACGCCGACGCUGCCUAUGCCGGCGGAGGAGGAGCUCAACAAGAUGUUCCUGGAGCUGGUCGAGGAGCUCGACCUCACCCAACCGAAUCGGCAGGCCAUGCUCGCUCUACCCGCGAACAAGAAAUGGCAGAUCUACUGUUCGCGGAAGGGCAACGGCACCCUCGAAAACGGCGGCCUCAGGACGACCGAUCUCAGCGGCGACCCGGAGGACUACAUCAACCGCGUCAAGUCCAUAGCCAUGAACUUGAACACCGAAGAGCCCGAGGAAAUAGCGAAUCAAAUAAGGCACGUGGAAGCUUUGAAAACGGCACUCCGAACGCAACCCCACAGCUUCGUCAUCAGAUUUAUCGAGCUGGAUGGCCUGAACACACUGUUGCAAGUAUUGGAAGUCAUGGACGUCGAGGCAGCGGACAGUAAUCUCCACACGAGCGUCAUCGGAUGCUUGAAAGCCUUGAUGAACAAUUCCAACGGCAGAGCGCACGUACUGGCACAUCCAACGGCCAUAAACACGAUAUCGCAAUCACUGGCGACCGAGAACAUCAAAACAAAGAUCGCCGUGCUUGAGAUCCUAGGUGCCGUUUGCCUCGUACCGGGUGGCCAUCGAAAGGUCCUCGAGGCAAUGCUACACUUCCAGCAAUAUUAUUCGGAACGCACGCGCUUUCAAUCCAUUAUCAACGACCUUGACAAGAACUUUGGAAUCUACAGGGACAAUCUGUCCCUUAAGACUGCGAUCAUGUCAUUCAUCAAUGCAGUACUAAACUACGGCCCCGGACAAGUGACCCUUGAAUUCAGGCUGCAUUUGAGGUACGAACUACUGAUGCUGGGUAUCCAGCCAAUCAUUGAAAAGCUGAGAAAGUACGAGAACGAGACGUUGGAUCGGCACUUGGAUUUCUUUGAAAUGGUGAGGAACGAGGAUGAGAAAGAGUUGGCAAGAAAAUUUGAAAAGGAACACGUGAACACAAAGAGCGCUACCGACAUGUUUGACCUGCUGAGGCGAAAGCUCAGCCAUACAGCAGCCUAUCCCCAUCUGCUCAGUUUACUCGAGCAUUGUUUGUUACUGCCAUUAAAUUAUGGCUCGUUUCCACAAUAUUGGUUGCUCUUUGAUCGAAUCGUACAACAGAUCGUCCUACAAUCCGAAGGUAACAAAGCCAACACAACGAGAAAUCCAGACGUUGCACCGAUUGACAUCAACGUCAAGGAAAUCGUUCAUUUGUUGGCCAAAGAAGAGGAGCUCGUUGCUGCGCGAAAAAAGGCUGAUGAGCUCGAAAAGGAAAAUUCGGACCUGUCCAGCAGAUUGGCAAAGAAGGAACAGGAGUUGGACUUACGAACGCAAGAAAAAGAAGACAUGGAGGCGAGUCUUGCAAGAACCAAGGAACGGCUUGAAAAAGAAACUUCCUUGCACAUAGAGACUAAACAGAGAAUCUCAGAACUGCAGGACAGUAUAGAGACGCUCUCGCGCCAGGUGAAUAACGAAAAGUCAGAAAGAAAACGUCUGGAGCAACUGGUAGCAUCUGGUAGUCUACCAGACGAUGCUAAAGCUACAAUUAAGAUCGUGGAUGAUGAGGUUUUGGAGAAAGUUGAGGCCAAAUUCGUACCACCACCGCCCCCUCCACCACCUCUAGCACCCCCACCACCGCCACUGAUGAUGCCAUCAGCGCCACCUCCGAUGAAGGUGGAAAUCAUAAAGAAUGUUCCUCAAUCAAGUAAUCCAUUGAAAUCAUUCAACUGGUCAAAGAUACCCGAACAAAAACUGCAAGGUACCAUUUGGUCAGAGUUGGAUGACUCGAAGCUGUACAACGUCAUGGAUCUGGAAUCCAUCGACAAAAUAUUUUGCGCCUACCAAAAGAACGGAGUAUCCACCGAUGGAUCGAUCGAAGACUUGCGAAGUCUGGGCAAGAACAAGAAAACCAUGUCGGUGAUUGAUUCAAGGCGAGCACAGAACUGCACAAUUCUCUUGUCAAAGUUAAAAAUGUCCGACAACGACAUAACCAGAACGAUUCUGUCAAUGGAUCAGCAAAACAUUUUGCACAUCGACAUGGUUGAGCAGCUACUCAAAUACAUUCCGUCGUCCGAAGAAGCCGCUCUGUUGGACAUGAACCAGAAGGAUCUUCAGAGUAGAGCAGACUGUUUCUUAUACCAAAUAUCAAAGGUUCCACACUACGAGCAACGAUUACGCUCGCUGCACUACAAAAAGAAAUUUUCCGCGAGCAUAGCUGAACUCACUCCGCGUAUGCGAGCCGUUCUCGAGGCAUCGCGUCAAGUAACUCUUUCUCGCAAACUCCGUAAGCUCCUUGAGCUCGUUCUAGCUUUGGGUAACUACGUCAAUCGUGGCAACGCACGAGGCAACGCAUGUGGAUUCCGUCUAGCUUCGCUCAAUCGAUUGGCCGACACCAAAUCCUCGUGUGCCAAAGGAACUACUCUAUUGCACUACCUGGUUCAAGUGCUGGAGUCACGAUUCCGAGAAGUUCUUGACAUCGAGUCAGACAUGCCGCAGGUGAGAACAGCCGCGAGGGUCAGUAUGGUCGACCUGCAGAAGGAAGUGGCGAAUCUCAAGAAUGGAUUGCAAGAUGUCCAGAGAGAGAUCGAAUUCCACCGAGGACAGGUGCAGACAAUUCAAGGAGACAUGUUCCUGCCGUCUAUGAGAGAUUUCCAGGCUCAAGCCACGUGCAGGCUUGCCGAGGCCGAAGAUCUUUUCCAAGACAUGAAGACCAGGUUCGACAGAGCCGUGCGUCUCUUUGGCGAGGAUUCAGCUGGCAUACAACCUGACGAAUUUUUCGGUAUAUUCGAGAACUUCCUGCAAGCCUUCAUAGAGGCCAGAAACGAGGUCGAGAGCAUGAGGAGAAAGGUCGAAGAAGAUGAACGUCGAACCAAGCAAGAACAAGAAUUGAAAAAACGUACGAUGGAGCGUAAAAACUCGCGCGAAGGCAUCCUCAAUAGCAUCGCUCUAAACAAGAAGAACGAAGCCAAUGGCACGAAUGGCCACGGUGACAGCAAAGGCGAGUUCGACGACCUGAUUUCGGCAUUACGUACGGGUGACGUUUUUGGCGAAGACAUAGCUAAAUUCAAGAGGUCGAAACGCCGGCCUGUGACACCGAGCAGUGCCGCUAGUCAAGAGUCGCGUCGGCACAGCGCACACCGUGAAGACUCACGCGAGAGACACUAGAUACGAGGUGUCAUAUGUCAGACCAUUCGUAAAUCCUAAUGGAGCGCUAAACAAUGUUUUUCAUUUGACAUGAGGUUCAUCUAGUUUUAUUCGAAUGUUAUCUAUCUGAUCGAACGAAGAUUUUUUACUUUUUCAUUUAUACGGUAGAGUUGACAUUGACACGUCUUUUUAGAAAAUGUGGAGACUUAAUGGAUGCACGUGUAUAAUUUUCGUUAAUAACGUUUUAGGGAAUACAAAAAACCGACACAUUAGUCUUAAUGUAUGUUAAUGCUAUAGUAUACGAUAAAUUGUAAUUUUUUCAUACGGAUUGUUGUACGGAUAACUUUGAUUACAAAUGGUUUGAUUAACAAUACUUAUUUUUUAACCAAUUCAUGAUCCAUCAGUGUUACGAUUUUUAAUAAAAAUCGAUGAAAAUAUUUCGUAGAAAGGAAUUAGUCAAUAGUUAGUAUUACAUAAAAACGCCGGUAGCAUAAAAAGUCCGAGCCCCUCGACGGUAUUAAAGACUGGGCGAUUUUUUUUAUCUAGUGCCAAGAAUUUGGAGGAUCAAACGUCGCAAGUAACACUCCGAUUCAUCACACUUGUCAGAAUUAAUGGUGUUGAGAAAUUGGUUGUAGUUUUCAGGUGGAUUUGUAAUAUUAUAUGAUAUAAUCAUUCCCGUCAAACGUGAGAGUCCUCCUGUAUAUAUAUUUUUUUUUUUUUUUUUUAAUUUUCAUAAAUAAAAUAACUUUUUACACAACUAGCAUGUAAAACAAUUUUUCAUCACAUAAAGCAUUUGUUCUCUGUUAACGUUGAUUUUUGUUAUACCACGUUGCUUAUUAAAAGUUCAAUUGAUAGCACUUUCGUAAAAUCAAUAUUGCUAGCUGAAAUGAAAUGCAUCUUUUAAAAACCGGUGAAUAAGUAACCGCAACACAAACAUUUCAGCUCUGAUUUAUGUCCAGAAGAUAAACGACCGACGGUUUUGUCUGUACGUGAUAUUUACAUUUCAAUUGUACAUAUAGUCAUUAUUCUACACAUGUACCAUAUACAUCACCUUUACAUUUUAUGCAGCAUGUUACUUCCUUUUUCAAACCAUAUGUUAUUUUCUCAUUUAUGUAACAUAUGAAUACUUUGUUUCUCGUUCCAACAAGACCUUUAUACGAAUUUAUUUAUUAUUUCUAAAGAAAAAUGUAUUCUCAGUGCAUUCCGAAACAUUGCGCGGCUGUUUAAUAAAACAACAAUCUUUAUUUGCUUGGUAAUAUGAGCAGUGUCCGACUAGAUAUACCAUUAGACCAGCGCAUUAGGUUUUUCUAUGGUUUAUGUUAGUAAUGUUUGACUAGCACUACCUAUAAAGUUAAUUUUGCGGAAGGAUGAAAGUUUUUAAUAAAAUUACACGUUCACUGAAAGCAUUGAAUAGUAUUGUGAGGAAAAUUAUAAAAAAAAGUAAUUG